AUGGAAACUUAUCAAAUGAGAGCCUGCUUUGGCGAAAUCAUGGUGUUCCUUUUGCUCAUCUUAACCACUCGGGCCAACUACCUGAACCUGGUUGACCAGUUUUUGGCUCCUCAAAAUGCUGCACGUGCCGCCAUUGGAAUGCGACCAUUGGAUUGGGAUCCAAGGUUGGCGAGUUAUGCUCAAUGGUAUGCCAACCAAAGGCGGGAAGACUGUGCUUUGAAGCACUCCAAUGGACCUUACGGGGAAAAUAUCUUUUGGGGUAGUGGCGAUGGCUGGACGCCGGCUGAGGCGGCGGCGGCAUGGGUUUCGGAGAGGAAAUGGUACAGUUACUGGUCAAAUUCAUGCGCCGAAGGGGAGGAAUGUGGGCAUUACACACAGAUUGUAUGGGGCGGAACCAAGAGAGUUGGGUGUGCCAGGGUGGUUUGUGAUGAAGGGAUGGGUGUUUUCAUGACUUGCAACUAUGAUCCUCCAGGGAAUUAUAUUGGAGAUAGACCUUACUGA